GCAGCUUAUUUUUGGGAUGAGUGAAUUCACUGCUGUGUCUUCGUCGUGAACAUGCGGACCGCGCUUCUACACCAUGCCCACCGCACUGCGUUUGCUGGGCAGUUCCACACCAUCGGGGCCAUUGCACCGGCGGCAGUGCCGCCGCGCCGGGCGAGGCUCCCUGCUCUGGGGGUUGCAGUUCUGCAGAUGACCCUUGCAGGCCGUGUGGGUCGCUGUAUCUCCCGAGGUGCUUUGCCCAAGCGAGCCCAACGACCACCACAGGUGCACACCGACGCCUUUCAGACACCGCGGCAGAUCGCGCUGACCAGUAUCGCGGUGGUCCGGUCGCCUUACAAGGAGCGGUUUGGGUGCCCUCGGCAGCCCUCAGUGACCAAAGGAGUGCUGGGGGCCAAAGCGGCUGAUUGCACCUUGGAGUUUCUGCCGGAGAACAUCGGUAGCCAGGAGAAGAUCCGCUUCGCCUUGCAGGACUUGGAAGGUGAUCAGCUACCUCCACAUGAACGAAGGAUGGUCUGCCCGAGUGACGCCACCCAGAGGACCGCGCCGCAAGCGCGGGCUCUUCGCCACCCGCGCACCUCACCGGCCGAAUCACCUUGGCAUGUCCGCCUGCCGCUCGCGACCUCAGUCGAUCGUUGGGGUGCGGAACUCCACAGCCUGGUGAGUGUGGACAUUGCAAACCUUAGAGUGCUGGUGCAUGGUCUGGAUUUGCUGGAUGGCACACCGGUCGUGGACGUGAAACCGUAUGUGCCGUACUGCGACAGCUUUCCAGGUGCACGAGCAGGUUGGCUGGAUGAGAUCGAGGAUCAAGCUGAAGCCGACCAUUUGAGCUAUUGGCCGCCACCUAAGCAUUUGUCACCUGAUGCUGUGGACAGAGAGGCGGCUGACGGCGAAGAAAAAGUCCUCCAGGAAGGGUGAUAACACUUGCGGAUACCUUGUUCGGCUAAUGUCCUUGCCAUUCUCGCAGCAUGUUGCAGC